AUGCUGCUGAUCAUUGAAGCUCUUCUUCUCAUUUUAGCUGCUCUAGGACAGGAUCACAGAGCUGCUGCUGUUGAAGGACAGCCAUUUCCAUUAAAUAUGGCAACAAAUUCAGUUGAUGAUCAGUAUGAGGGCUGUAGAGAGAACAUGGCAAACCAGGUGGAGAAAGAAUAUCUAAUAAAGGAACGUAAGAACUCAGAAUUUAAUUUAGCUUGGAGAAAAGGUGAAACGAGAUUUAAGAAGCCAGAAGAUAAAUUGACAAAGAAUCAUUUAAUCGCCAUUUAUGUGUACACUGAUAGUCAAGUAUUUAAAGACUUCAAUAAUGACGCUCGUUCUGGUAAACAAAAUUACAAAGACAAGUUAUACAAAUGGUAUUCACUUCACUUUUUGUUGACAGAUGCUAUACAGAUUCUGAAGCAACAAAACAAAUGCAUUAAGACUUAUCGUGGUACAAAAGUUAAAUUUAAUGAGGAUGUUAAGAACCACGAGGUUCGUUUUGGCUCAUUUGCAUCAUCGUCUCUUAAUAAUGAAAGAGCAAAAUUUUUUGGAACUGUAUCUUGUUUUGAAAUCCACACUUGUGAAGGUGCUGAUGUGACAAAAUAUUCUAAGCUUAAACGUGAGCAAGAGGUGCUGAUUCCUCCAUAUGAGAAGUUUAAAGUCAUUGAUGUCAAGACAAAAGGUCAGGAAGGUGCCUGGUGUGACAUUGUGUUCACUUUGGAAAGCACUGGUAGAAAAAGUGACUUAAACUGUGCUCUAAGUAAAUCAACAAAGUCCAUCAGGGCUCAAAAUUAA